GAAGAUAACAUACAUUUCAAGAGGUAUAAUCUUGACAUUCACUCUCGCUUCAGUUGAUAUUAGGGUCUGGCUCGGUCGUAGAUGAGUUUCUCGUAUGCAUAUAAAACUGUUUUUUUUUUUUAAUUAGUGUGUCUGCUGUGUUCCAGUACAGGCCUAUAGGAUAACUCACUGUGUAAUACCUUGAAUAGCAGCAUGUUUCCAUUUAGACCGUUGACUUGUUUGUUAGUCAUUUUGCAAUUCUCUGGUAUCCAACCCGAUGGCCAGUUGAGGAUAAUUGGAGGAUAUGAUGCUCACCUGGGAGAGUUUCCAUAUCAGGUAUUCUUAGCUCUCAAAACCGGCAAACACAGUAUAUCGAUAUUUUGUGGUGGCACAAUAAUUGGAAAUAGAACUGUUCUAACAGCAGCACACUGUGUUUUGGGAGAUGCCAAUGUUUUCGAACACCCCGAUAAAUUCUGUAUUGGAGGAGGCAUAACUGACCUGCACAAUAUCAGCAUCUCGCAUGUCUACGGAAUAAAGAAAGUCAUACCUCAUCCAAAAUACACGACCAAGAACCUGGAAUACGACAUUGCUGUGAUUAAG